GGGAGGAGGGCCGGGGUAGGGAAGAUGGCGGCGGCGGAGCGGAGCCGAUCCCCGAUGGGGGGCUCCCCGGUACCGGCCUGUAUGUUCGCCCCGGAGCCGGGUUCCCCGGGCGGGGGGCCUCGCGUAGCGGCGGCCGCCUGUCCCCUCCGCGCCGCCUUCGACGCCGAGGACGGCGAGGCGCUCAACGGCGAGCCCGAGAUCGACCUCACCAGUAAGCUGGUGAUGGUGAGUCCAACUUCAGAGCAGUAUGACAGUUUGCUCCGGCAGAUGUCAGAGAGAAUUGAUGAGGGAUGUGGGGAGACCAUCUAUGUCAUUGGUCAAGGAUCAGAUGGGACUGAAUAUGGUCUGAGCGAGGCAGACAUGGAGGCAUCCUAUGCCACGUUGAAGAGCAUGGCAGAGCAGAUCGAGGCCGAUGUGAUCCUCCUGCGGGAGCACCAGGAGGCAGGGGGCAAGGUGCGCGACUACCUCGUUCGGAAACGUGUGGGUGACAACGACUUCCUGGAGGUCAGGGUAGCAGUGGUUGGCAAUGUGGAUGCAGGCAAGAGCACGUUGCUAGGUGUCUUGACACAUGGUGAACUAGACAAUGGCCGAGGCUUUGCUCGGCAAAAGCUCUUCCGCCAUAAGCAUGAGAUUGAGUCAGGCCGCACCAGCAGUGUGGGCAAUGACAUUCUGGGCUUCGACAGUGAGGGCAACGUGGUGAACAAGCCCGACAGCCACGGUGGCAGCUUGGAAUGGACAAAGAUCUGUGAGAAAUCCACCAAGGUCAUUACUUUCAUUGACCUGGCUGGUCACGAAAAGUACCUGAAAACCACCGUCUUCGGCAUGACUGGCCAUUUACCUGACUUCUGCAUGCUUAUGGUUGGCAGUAAUGCUGGGAUUGUUGGAAUGACCAAGGAGCACUUGGGCCUGGCGCUUGCACUUAAUGUUCCUGUCUUCGUUGUGGUGACCAAGAUUGACAUGUGCCCUGCCAACAUCCUGCAAGAAACCCUGAAGCUGUUACAGCGACUGCUGAAGUCCCCAGGGUGCAGGAAGAUUCCCGUGCUGGUUCAGAGCAAGGAUGAUGUCAUUGUAACAGCCUCCAACUUCAGCUCAGAGAGGAUGUGCCCAAUUUUCCAGAUUUCAAAUGUCACUGGGGAGAACCUAGAUUUGCUGAAGAUGUUUCUUAAUCUCUUGUCUCCACGGACCAGUUACAGGGAAGAAGAGCCAGCAGAAUUCCAGAUAGAUGAUACUUACUCUGUCCCGGGUGUAGGAACAGUUGUGUCUGGGACGACACUGAGAGGCCUAAUCAAGCUAAAUGACACCCUGCUGCUGGGGCCAGAUCCCCUUGGCAACUUCCUACCUAUUGCUGUCAAGUCCAUCCACCGCAAGAGAAUGCCCGUCAAAGAAGUGCGGGGAGGCCAGACCGCCUCCUUUGCUUUGAAAAAGAUCAAGCGUUCUUCCAUCCGAAAAGGCAUGGUAAUGGUGUCACCCCGCCUGAAUCCACAAGCAUCGUGGGAGUUUGAAGCAGAGAUUCUGGUGCUCCACCAUCCCACCACCAUCAGCCCACGAUAUCAGGCCAUGGUGCAUUGUGGCAGCAUCCGUCAGACGGCCACGAUUCUCAGCAUGGACAAGGACUGCCUGCGGACGGGGGACAAAGCCACAGUGCACUUUCGCUUCAUCAAAACCCCGGAAUAUUUGCAUAUAGACCAGCGUCUGGUCUUCCGUGAAGGCCGUACCAAAGCUGUGGGUACCAUCACUAAGUUACUCCAGACCACCAAUAACUCGCCAAUGAAUUCCAAGCCACAGCAGAUCAAGAUGCAGUCAACCAAGAAGGGAGCUGUUACGAAACGAGAGGAUGGUGUUCCCCCAGCUGGGACGGCAGCUGGAGGCCCACCAGCUGGGGACGAGGCCCCCUCAACAGCUGCAGCACCACUGACACCUACUGCCCUGCAACCAUUGCCUGCGCUGGAUGAGGAGCCCCACAUCCGUGAGGGCAAUAAGUCAAAAGUUGGAGGAGGAGGCCGGCGACGUGGGGGUCAGCGCCAUAAAGUGAAGUCUCAGGGAGCCUGUGUGACUCCUGCCAGUGGCUGCUGAAUUUCUUACUCCUCCUCCCUCUGAGGAAUUCCUCCCCUUCCCUUCAUUUCUUAUCCAAAAGAUCCAGAGCAGCUUAAACCAAAACCCAUCCCAGCUGAUUGGCUGCAGAAGAAUCGUCCCUCCUCCCUGAAGGAAGUUUUGGAGAGGAGCAUAAUUUAUAAGCUAAUGAAGGUGAUAAGACACACAGAACUGAGUAACUGACACCUUCCUCCUCCCCCUGUCAACACAUUUUUGUACAUCAUGGGCUUAGUUUUUAUUCUUAUUAGUUUUUAUUAUAUUUUGUGUGCAUGAAGAUGAGAGGAGAGUCUGGAUAGAACUGCGAAGAGCCAGUUAGCUGCCUCCCUCCUCCCUCACCCCAUUCUGUCCACAGGACUUGCUGCUCUCCUCCUAUUUGCUGUCUCAGAUCCAGGGGUUAUCAAACACCUGAAAUUUCAGACUUGCAAAGGUUAAAACACGUUGCUUAGGAUGGCUCCAAGAGGGCAUUGUUUCCUCACCACUGUGGCCCCGGGACAAAUAUGUUUCUGGAUUCCCUCCAUCUUAAACUAUUUCUAAGUGGGUUUAAUUUAAAGUUGUAGUGACUGAAGUUUGAAGGUCAUUAUUUGGAGAUCUAAGAAGGAAGCAGAUUGAAAAGCAGUUCUGGAUGUUAAGUUGAGGAAUCCUAUACUAAAUAUCCUUCUCAAAUACGUUGAUAGCACUUAAGAUUUAAAUUCGAGACAGAAUUAAAUGGGCAGUCAUUUGCCUAUCCUGUUCCCCUUCCCAUCGUGCUGUUUUUCCUAUUGUUUGUUCAGUGCACGUUGGAGCAAAUCUGACCUGCCUCUCGUGGCUGCGGCAGCUCAAUUGACAGUAUUAAGAAUAUAGUGCAGGAACACUCGGUCCAUCCCUUGAGCCAGAGAAAGCCUUCUCGCCUCCAUGGACAGAGAUCACAGGUGGGAAUAUACCUUUGGAACGGAGACACCAGGAAAACAUGACCUUCCUUUGAUUUUAUUUACUCCAAGAUUUGCCCAGUCUUUUCUGGAACUCACUGGCCAAACUUUGCCAUGGCAGAGGUAUAAUUUAUCUUCUCCCCUCUUGGCCGAAGAGGAUUAAUGAUGAAUUGGUACCAAAUUUAUAGAAGUGCUUUCAGGUUUGAAAGUACAUGGUAAUUUUUCUGACUUUCACUUACUAUUUUUUUUUAAGAUUGUAUUUUUUUGUUUUAAUGACAAAUUCUAGCUUCUGCAGGAAGGCCCUGCCAGGACGGUCUACGAAUUAACUUUAUUGUUAUCACGUGUUUUUUUUUUUUUAACCCUGGGUUGCACAAGUGAUCAAUUCCCUGCUUAUUUUCAUCUCUCUUCUUCUAACCCUGCCUCUUCGCUUCGCUCCCGUGAGGACAGGAGUUCUCCUCUGCCGGUUUGUGGUGAGCUGUGGGAGCGUGGUAGCAUUUUGAGGGAGGAAGCGGCAUCCUCAGCAAAUCGUUGCUCUCCCCAGCAGGUGCGGUCAGCCGCGGUUUCUUUGAGGGCUUCCUCCUCCAAUGAAGGACUUUUCUUUUAAUUAGAGGGAGACUGAAAGGUUUCUGUCCCUCCUUAGCGGGUUGUUCCUGUUUCUCACUCUGUGGCACUUGUGUGGAGUUCAUUCCAGUUCACCUCGGGAUGCGAGGUAGGCUUUCAAGCGGGCUUGGGCGGCGGGGUGGGGGGGGAAGAGCGCAUCUCCCGAUGCCAGCACCAGCACUCCACGAGCAUUAAGCGGCCUGGGAGAGGUGAGGAAUGUGGUUUGGAGAUGAGGAUACUUUGCCUUAGAGACUGCAGUGCCCGGAGUUGUGGGUGGAAGCGGGGAGGUCAGACGGUCCUUUCCAAGCUAUGUGCCUAAAUACCAGCACUCCCCUGGUGGGGGAGGAACUAUAGGCGGCUACAACACUAAUAGCACCCGCAUUGUGAGGGGGUGUGAAGUGUGGCUAAGCAGGGCACGGGGGCCUCGUUCAUUUGUCUUCUGGCCCUGUAGCAGCAUCAAACUGCAUCUGAUUUCACUGCCCUCUGCUCCCGAGAGGAGCAGGGAGCUCCAGGCGGUUUUCUUUUUUCUCCAUUCCUUGUGCUCCAAAUGAAGGAGACUGCCAAGACUGGAAGAGGGUUUACUUCAGUUUGUGCAAAGGAGGUGGUGUGAUCUCUCUUUUGUGACCAGCAUUCAAAGAUCACUCAGGCUGGUGUGAUCUAUAAAAUAAAUUUUAAAAAAGUUUGUUCCAAGUUAAAGUAUGUCUUGUUGCUUUUUUUUUGUCCUGACGGAAGACCAGCAGCUGCUGCUUUAAUGCCGAAAGCCAGACCAAGCGGGUUUGCCUGGCACCGCUGCUCCUUUGCUGGCUACGAGAGGAGGCUGCGUUUGUAGUGGUGGCAGGGGAGGGCACACUGUGCCGCAGGAGAGCUGCUGCUGAGCCCCGACAGCUUUCCCGCUGCUAAGGUUUAGUGCUUCUCGGUGGCAGAGCGGUGAAAUGAGAACGCUUGCAUGGGUUGAGCUGUGCUGGGGAGAUGCGUAUGCAUGUGUGUGAAGAGCUGCUACGGCAAAUCACUUAGGUCCAACUUCAGGGGAGACACGGUGCUAGAGGAUGCAGUUUGAACACAGCCCUGCCACUGCCUGCGUAAGCUUGUGCUUCCCCGGGCCCUCGCAGCGAUUCGCACCUCACCUGUUUCUGUAAAUACAGCGGGACGCUCCAGGGGUUGGAACGGGCCUUUUCCUGCCUCCUCGGUGGAUCUCGGAGGUUCGUGAAGGCUUUUCGUGCCCUGCACGCCCCUUUCCUAACACAGGUAAGUGUUGGGCUGGGAGCUGGUCGUAGACUGAGCAAAAGCCCACCAGCCCCUCCACUACCGACACUGCGCGGAGUGGAGAUGCUGCUGGAGGUAUGCUCACCCUUCUGCUCAUGGCUACACUUGAACCUUUGGGCCUGAGCACCUCACACCCCAUCUGUUGUCCAUAUCAAUUUUUCUGUCUGCCACCCUCCCCAUUUUUCUGUGUCCCUCCCCAAGAUGGGACACUGAUAAUGUGCCCAGCGUCCCUCUCUCCCCAGGCAAAACCCGUGAGGGCAGAUCUAGGGCCAGCAGAGAACAAGCCUUUCCCUAGGGUGGCCCUCUGCAAGGGGCUCUUCAACGCAAGCCUGCCUCCAGC